AUGAUCACUCUAUCUGCUCUUUGCUAUGCUCCUGCUCCCCCCCCCCUGCAGUUCCUGCUCUUCUUUGCAUGCUCCCUCAACCCCGCCUCCCUGGCGGCUGCCUUCGCCUCUCAUCUCACCGACAUCCUCACAUCACCCUCACGCUCCCUCAACUCAAGAAUGUCUGCUGCAGCCUACCUGGCCAGUUUCCUCGCGCGAGCAUCCUUCAUCCCACUCAUGCACAUCGUCUCCUCCCUCACUCGAGUGGUGGAGUGGUGCCUGGCGCAUUCCCACAGCCGCCGCCCCGACUCACCCACUGGCAGCACCACUGCUGCCAGCAGCAGUAGCAGAGGGCGAGAGAGGAGGCAGGGCAAGGCGGAGAGGGCAGCCCCCUCGCCUAGAGCAAGCAUGGGCGGGGCCACAAGAGGCCGGGAUGGGGGUGACACUGGUGGCUCGGGGUCUCCUCGCUCGCAACCCCCCUUGGCGCCCUCGCCACAGGAUCACAUCUUUUAUGCCGCAUGCCAGGCGGUGCUGUACGUGCUGUGCUACCGCAUGCAGCACCUCGUUGCCGACUCACACGCCAACUCCGCCCUCCACGCCAUGCCGCUCAACCAGCUGCUCUCCUCCCACCUGCGCCCCCUCUCAGUGUGUUUGGAGUCGGUGGUGUUUGAGUUCUCCCGCCAGGCCAAGCUGCUCUCCCUGCUGGACUGCGAUGCCAUCACUGCAGCGCAGCAGCAUGCAGAGCACGGUGCUGGCAGUGCAGGGGGGGGGGAGAGGGCAGCAGCACGGUUCGGAGGGGAGAACGAGCUGGACAUGUUCUUCCCCUUCGACCCCUACCUGCUCCACCACUCCCUCAGGUUCAUCGAGCCCAUCUUCAACCGCUGGACUCAGCCGUUUGCGGACGAGUUGGCAGCAGCCGAGGACGAGGAGGCAGACACUGAGGACGAAGACGAGGAGGAGGACGAGGAGGAGUACACGGAUGAUGAGGAGGAAGAGUCAUCAUCAGAGGGGGAGGACAGUGCAGCAGAGCGCCUGGGCAUGAGCUUCAGUGCCAGCGAUGCCUCGCCCGCCGACAAGCUCAUGGAGCAGGGGCUGCGGGCAGGGAGGGGAGCAGUGGCAUGCCAGGGCAGAGGAGGAGGCAGAGCGCGAGGGCGGGGUGGACCCGGGGUGGUGCAUGAGGAGAGUGAUUCGGAGGAUGAGCAUGAGGUGGAGGCCAUGUCCUUCACACCGCCGGCACAUGCCCCUUUGCCGGCCCGUCUCCCAGGAAAGCUUCCUUCCAGGCUUCGAUAA